AUGGGAGAAUUGUCCACCAGCCCUGUUCCACCUGAUAUAAUGGAGCGCCGCUCCGUUGCUUUCUCACGACCUAGCCCAGGCGUCGUCGUGCAAGAGGGCGAGAGUGGUUUCAAAGAAGAGCUCUCUCGACUGUAUGACCCCGCUGAGAGCAACGCUGCCGAACAACUCGUCCAACUCAAGAGCACACUGAGGACCGCCGAUAUCGACACCUUUUGGUCUCUUCUCACAGAGGGUCUAGCACGCAUUGCCGACGCACAGUAUGCUUUCGUUUCAAAGAGGAUCUUAGUCGAUGAGAAGGAUGUUGCAGUGGAGAUGCCGCCCAUCGGAGAGCCUGGGUCAUGCCUGAUGGGAGAAGCUUUCUACAUCAACGAAGACCAUGGAGAUGGUCCUGGUCACCUUCGCAAUUUCAAGUAUCACGCCUACCAGUGCCCGUGUGCCUACAUGAAGCACGAUAAGAUUUUCGUCAUCCCAGAGCGAUUAAACGACUUCAUCGUCGACAACCCGAACGAUCUAAUUAUUCCUGGAGAGGCUUACCUUGGAAUUCCACUUUUCGCCGAAGGAAAGUGCUUUGCGCACUUUGGAGUAAUGUGGGGCGAAGAGGGGGCUGCCAGACGCACACUGAGCUGGGGCUUCCUUGAGACCCUCUUUCAUGCUUUGGAAGACCUGAUUCUGGACCGAGUUCUGGAGGGGAACAAUUUCGCCAAAUCCGCACAGCCGGUUCAGGACCAACAGCCCAAGGUUGUUCCGCACAAGGCCAUCUCCGUUGCCCAGUCGUUCAAGCCUUAUGCUAGAAGCCUAUCCCAUGAGCUCAGGACACCUAUGCAGGGCGUUGUUGGUAUGCUCGAUGUCAUGAUGGCAAACGUGAAAGAAGCAGCGGAAAACAUGGACAUUGAUGUACGAACUCGUCGCAUGCUCGAUACCCUCAAGGAGAACAUCGAAGCUGUGCAAGAUAGCUCAAGGCGUGCUGUUGAGGCCGCAGACAACGUAGUCCAUGCUUACGAUAUGAACAUGGGUGUUCCCGAAACACCUGUUUCGCCACUAGACAAGAGUCCUAACCAGUGGAACACAUUCUGGCGGGAGGCUCGACCAGAGCUUCCGGUUGCACGCAGCAGCAUGGCCCGAGAACAGCAGCGUGGUGUGAAGAGGAGAAGGGAAGAACUCACAUGGGGAGAGAACCAGACUCGCGUCGCACGCCCCAUCCGACGCAGGACUCGGGAUACCUUCUCCGAAGAGCCUCCUUCUCGUGGAUCGAUCUCCUGUCCCCCGCAGUCUAGUUUGAGAGAGAUUGAGCAGCUGGAGAGCUGCGCAGGUCGCUGCGGUGGCUCGACGAGCUUUCCCAGAUUUGUUGCUGGGCACCAGAAAACUCCGAGUCUCCGCCAUACCAACCUCAGGGAGGUCCUUCACUAUGUGAUUGCAGAUGCACUCAAAGUUGGCGGGCGACCAGACUCAGCUAUUGCUGAGUCGACGGACAACGGCGAACGAAUUGAGGUACGGAUGCGAAGCUCUUAUGGAGAAGCGUCUACCAAAUGGGUCGAGUGGAGCGUGUCUUCAGACGUACCAGACUCGAUUUUGAUCGACGAGAAGGACUUGGCCAAAGUAGUGUCUUGUGUGACCUUGAACGCCAUCAAGUUCACCCAGAACGGUACAAUCACACUUGAAGCCACUCUGAGUGCCAAGGGACGCUACAUCGUAAUCAACGUAAAGGACACCGGCUCUGGCAUCCCCGCAGCAUUCUUGCCCAACUUGUUCAAGCCCUUUUCUCGAGAAGACGACUCGACAACACGGCAGAGUGAAGGCCUCGGCCUAGGACUCAUGGUAGCCAAGGGCCUCGCCAGAAAGCUUGGUGGUGAUUUAUUCUGCUUGCGCUCGCACGUAAGUGGACCAAAGAAGGGAUCGGAGUUCGAGUUGCGUGUUCCACUCACUGCGGGUGAGGUUUGCAGCCGGCCCUCGUCACCCUUUGGUUCACCCACGCCUUCUAUUCGAGCUCGCAUGUCUGUCGAUCCUGAGGUACCCCAUCUUAAUGUUUCCCAGGAACCGAUCACGCCUCCUUUGUCUUCAGAGCCCUUUGCGAGCGACCUUGGACAAAAAGAGUACGCUACAGGGUUAGAUACGCCAUCCGUUGUUGUUCAUCCUACCCCGUCGGCGAAUAUUUUGGGGCUUCUGUCACCACGCCGGGCAUCGUCGCCUCUUCGCCACAUGUCGAAAGAGCCUGUCCGCGCACCAGCAUCUGCACCCAAGCUCGCAGAGGAGCUGCCUCUCAACUUUCUUGUCGUCGACGACAACGCCAUCAAUAGGCGCGUUUUGGUCAAUAUGCUCAGCAGGCUGGGCUACAAGAACGUCAUCACAGCUUUCAACGGCAACGAUGCCGUCGAGGCCAUGCACCGCAACGCAUACGCCCCUCCUCCUGAGGCCAUUGACGUGAUUCUUAUGGACCUCUGGAUGCCACUACUUGAUGGCUUCCAGGCAACCGAAAGCAUUCUCCACAUGCCAGAGCUCGAAAGCACAGGUCGCAAGCCUACCAUUCUGGCUGUGACUGCCGACGUCACAGACGCUGCGCUGGACAAGGCGGCAAAGAGUGGCAUGAAGGGCUAUGUGACCAAGCCAUUUGUGACCAGAGACCUCGUCAGGUUAAUCCGGACGUACUGCGCGACUAGGGAGUCGUAG